UUCUCAGCUUGACAUGAUACCCACAUGAAAGCUCUUCUUGGUAUGAUCUUCAUUUGAGCUCUUCAGAUUUCUUCAACGAGCCUUCUGAAAACGCAUUUAGCUAUCUAAGACUCUUUGGGGGCAAGGACCUACAUAGACUCCUUUGGGGCAAGGACCUAGAAACCUCUAUCAGGAAUUCACUGCAGCCUAAUGGUCUAACCUGCUUCAUCAGUGCAGUCUUAUGUCCAAAAAUCCUAAGUGGCCUCUUUGUGUGUGUUGCUAUCGCUUGUAGAAACCAUUUCUGGAUUUUUUGUUUUUGUAGAAAAGAGAGUUCUUGUAGAAACAGGAGAAUUCUUUUGUAUAUAAAGAGAUGGAAAAUCUCUAUCUACAAUUUUCACCUUCUUCCUCCUUUAUAUCGUCUGUCCCCCAAACUUCAUCUAGUCAACUGCCAUUGUCUUUCGAUGUGGAAGUUUGGGCAUUGGCUGAACAAAGAACUGAAGAAAUAUUAGGUACUUUUCAGCCAACUGUAGUUUCUCAGCACAAGAGGAAAGAGGUGAUUGAGUAUCUUGCACAACUAAUCAGUGGGUAUUUUGGGCUUGAGGUCUUUGCGUUUGGCUCAGUCCCAUUGAGAACAUAUCUUCCUGACGGAGAUAUUGAUGUGACUGUACUCUGCCAUCAGAACUUGGUGGAAGAUUUGAUCAGAGGACUGUGCAGUAUGGUAGAAGAAAGAGGGAGCAUCAAUGGCGAGUUCAAAAUGAAGGACGUCCAAAUUAUUCAUGCACAGGUUAAGAUCGUUAAGUUAAACGUGAAGAACAUUGCAGUUGACGUCUCUUUCAAUCAAAUUGCUGGACUUGGUGCUCUUUGCUUUCUUGAGCAGGUUGACCGACUUAUAGGGAAAGAGCAUCUCUUCAAGCGCAGUGUUCUGUUGGUCAAAGCCUGGUGCUUCUAUGAAGGCCGUAUACUUGGCUCUCAAAAUGGACUGAUUUCCACCUAUGGGCUGGAAAUAAUGGUCCUGUGUAUCAUCAAUCUCUUCCAUGCAUCUGUCAGCGGUCCUUUAGGGGUCCUGUGCAAGUUCUUGGACUACUUCAGCAAGUUCAACUGGCAACGUCGUUGUAUCAGCAUAUAUGGUCCCAUUGCUAUAGAAUCCCUUCCAGGGCUAGUGGUCGAUUCCACGGAUAUUAAUGUUGAUCAGCUGUUGCUUGGCAAGGACUUCCUUAGAAGCUGUAAAGAGCUGUUUUCGGUUCCGGACCCUGAUGACCGAACCAAGAGGUUUCCGGUUAAGCACUUGAACAUAGUGGAUCCUUUAAAGGAGAACAACAAUCUGGGACGCAGUGUGAGUAAGGGCAAUGCCAUGCGGAUUAAAUGUGCCUUUGCUUAUGGGGCCAGAACGCUUGGUACGAUUCUCAUGCUCCCAAUUGAACAAAUGGUUCGAGAGCUUGAGACUUUUUUCCUCAACACUCUCAACAGGAAUGGUAGGGGAGUGAGGCUGGAUGUGGAUGCUCCUGUCCCUGUAUUUGGGACUGGGAAGUUCGAACGCUUCAGCCUUAAUGGAGAGCUUGACUCUUACUAUAAUGACUUUCUUCAUGGACAGCAGCGCCAAGAACAUGCACUAUCUUCUGAUCAACCGCCUUCUCUUCCAUCACUUGCUCUUACCGCACCAGCUCUUGCACCGCCAUCUCCUAGGAAUCAGAACGAUGGACGAUGGAGCCCUUCCUCCAGGCUCCAGUUCCAGAGCCGAGCCACGCCUUCUUCCUGGAGAGGCGCAGAUGCCUUUGUCCCAAGGCCCCAUCUCCAGCACCCACAAUCUCCAAGAGCUGCCUCCUACAUUGAGUUUGGGAGGUCAAGAGGGACUGGAACUUACAUCCCGGUCACGGCCCGCCGUCCUCCAAAAAGAACACAGAUUUGGUCUAGGGCUGGAAAUUCAGGAUCUUCCAGGAAACUGUCAACUAUGGAGGCAGAGGCAAUUGAGGCUCCGAAGAAAGAGGAGGGUGAAGGGAGUGGCUGUUUUGAUCUCUCACCAGAACAGUUCCCACUUCUAUCAAGCCUCAAGAAGACUGAUGCUGUUGUGGAAGCUCGCACCAAUCAAUCUGAGGUCGUGCCUCCGAAAGCUGGGGAACCAAGCAUCUGCUUUGGGAGUUUUCAGUCUUCAGUCGGACAGUCUUCUUCAGUGACUGCAAAGAAAGUUGUGUCGUGCCAGAAUGCUGGGGAAGUCUUGAUGAGCAGUUCUUCAUCAGAGAAGGGGAAAGAACCCAGAUCACUGGAGAGCGCCGAUGAAAGCACUUCAGCAAAGCCUUUCCAGCUCGAAGAUGAAGGAGAGUUCCCACCCCUAGCUCAGUGACUGCUCUCUCCGGUGGAUGCUUGAAACCGAAUAAUCAAGACCAACACAGUAGUCUAUACUGUUAAUCUGAAACUUGAGUUACCAUGGUUUUGUCUAUGGGUUUUGAAGAUCUUAUGAAAGCAAUGUCCAGUUGAGAUCUGUUCCAUUUACCUGUCCUGUGAUCUUUGCGAUCUUUCGUGAGCAAACUCCGCAACUCAUGCUUUUGUCGUUAAUGGAGGGAUCCUAUUGAAAGUUGAACGGUUUCAGAA